AUGCCGGCUCCAACUGGAGAAGAAAGAAGAAAAUGCCAUGCAGCGCGGGACAGUUACUUCGCUUGCCUAUCUUUGAACGGUAACAGUGAAGAAGCAUGUAGCAAAGAGAAGGAACUUUACAAUAGCCUUUGCCCUGCUGCUUGGGUAGGAACAUAUUUUGUGAUUUGUAUAGACUGUAGACUUGCCACAAGUCAUGAGCCUGAGAAAACAGCCGACCUUUGGCGACCCUACCACUGAUUACAUUUGGCGGGGAAACCAGUGGUAGCCUCGCCAAAUGUUGGCUGUUUUCUCAGGCCAGCCACAAGUCGACCCCACGAGUUUCUAAGCGAGCGGAGCGAGCUUUACAAAUUUAGGCCGCGAAGCGGCUGAGCGAGCGAGGAAGCCACCCGAGGAAUCGGACGAAGGACUUUUUUGAAAGUCCUAUUAGACUGGUGCAUCAGUCCUGGUGUGUUCAAUCGAUAAAAUCGAUAAUCGAUAGCGUUCGGUAAAAAUCAACUGAUUGUUAUCGCAAACUAUCGAUAAAAUCGAUAAAAGGAUCUGAUGUGAGUUAUCGAUAAUUAUCGAUUCUUCAAUCAUUGUUAACGAUUUUAUCGAAAAAUAUUGGUUUUAUCAGUAAGUUAAUCACGUGUAGCAUCGAAAUAGAUUCUAUACGAAUACGUUUUAUUGAUAUUUUUUUUAGUAUGUAUAUUUUUGUAAAUUUUAUUCUUUGUAAAUAUUUUUUUGUAUGUGUAAUAUCAUAGGUGACGAAUUACUCCUUAAUUUUGGCGCAAAAUUUCAGCAUUAAUUUGUAAUUUCACAUGUGAAAUUACAAAAUUGCCAUGGCAACCUUCCGUACGUCUCAGUGUCAAGAUGGCGACGAAGUUUUAAACUGCCGUGAAUGAAGAUGGCAGGGCACAAAAAGACGCUUUAGAAAACCUGAACUCACAAGAGAACGUCAGUGGAAGGAUUCUAACAGGUAUUUUGCCGAAAUAGUCUGAACCGAAAAAUUCUGAACUUUAUAAGCCAAAUUUAAGGUCUAAACAUUUGAGAGAGUGGAGUUCUCGAUAGAUACGAUCCAGGAUAAACGUGUCAAAAAUCCAAGAUUGCUAACGUUACUCUUCACCCAUUAUGUUAAUAGGUAAUCAAAAUAGUAUACUCGUGAAAUUAGGGAAUAAUUUCACUUGCGUAAUUUCACUCGUCACCAUUUGAUUACACAUACUAAUCAAAUGGUGACAAGUGAAAUUAGGGAAUAAUUUCACGCGCGUUUGCACAAAAUGCAAGUGAAAUUAUUCCCUAAUUUCAUGAGUAUACCAUUUGAUUACCUAUUAAUUUCAUGGGUGACAAAUUACGUUAGCAAUCUUGGAUUUUUGACAUGUUUAUCCUGGAUCGUAUUGAUCGAGAACUCUACUCUGUCAAAAGUUUAGACCUUAAAUUUGGCUUAUAAAGUUCAGAAUUUUUCAGACUUUUUUGGCAAAAUACCUGUUAGAAUCCUUCUUGAUGUUCUCUUGUGUGUUCAGGUUUUCUAAAGCGUCUUUUUGUGCCCUGACAUCUUCAUUCACGGCGUUUUAAAAACUUCGCCGCCAUCUUGACACUGAGUCGUACGGAAGGGUUGCCAUGUCAAUUUUGUAAUUUCACAUGUGAAAUUACAAAUUAAGACUGAAAUUUCGUGCCAAAAUUAAGGAGUAAUUCGUCACCUAUGAUAUUAUAAUAUUAAUUAGUUAGAGCUGAUAGUAUUUUAAUUUAGUGUCCCCUAUUAGUAGGCCUGGCCAGCUAGAAGACUUGACACUGAAAUAAAGUUUAUCAUCAUCAUCAUCUAUAACAAUCAAUGAUUGAUAAAUCUGAUAAAAACAAUAAAAUCAAGAAACUUAGCACUUGGUAGCAUGUGAGUAUCAAUUUUUAUUGAUUGGUUUUUAUCAAUUGAACACACUAGGAUCAGUGAAAUCCAGCUGCACCCAUGUCAAACCCCCAGGCUAAUAACCCCCAGGCUUUACCCUUUUUUUGCCUUGUAUGGCAAAUUCCUGGAGACUGGACACAAGCUGCCAAAUGCCGCGUGGUGGGGAUGAAAAAAGAGGGGAAAUGCCCUGUCCUCAAUCAAAACUACAGCAGUUUUCAUUGAUUGCAAAGUCGAAUAGUGCCACUUUAAGCAUUUUAAUGAACAAUUUUUUGUUUCAGUUCAUGGCUGCCUUAGUAAUUUAGCGCUAUUUUGUGGCAAUACCACUUCAUGAAUCUUCAGAUUUCAUUAUAACUCUGUCUUGUGCUGUAAACAUACCUGUUCUGGAAAGUUUACUAAGAUCUGUGAAAGGAAGUUCUUCAAAUAAUAGAGAGAUCACAGUAGUAUUAGAAUCAUCAACGCUAAAUUUCCUUAAAAUCCUCUAUCAACAAAUUUUUCAUUCAAUAGCCAAAAAGAAACAUGUUGAUUCACGUCAAUAGUUCCUGAUUUCGCUAUGUAAUUCUGGCUUGAUAAGCAAGAAAGAAAUGCAUUAACAAAAUCUAGAAAACGUGCCUUAAAAACUUCUUCAAGUUUCCCCUUUGCUUGACGGGACAGAUGAGCCAGAAAAGUAAAUUGAAAUUGUCGUGAACAAAUUGAAAUUGCUGUGAGUAAAAUUGAAAUAAUUAUUGCUGUGAGUAAAUUGAAAUUGCUGUGGGUAAAAUUGAUAUUGCCAUAACACUUUUGGGCCACCGUAGUUUUAGCCUUAACAUCAAUAAAUCAUUCUGCAUAGUUUUCUCUUCAUGUAGUGCGCAGGAGUGCGUUAUUCUCUAACACUGAGUAAUAAAAAAAUUGAGGCAGACUUUCUCGAAGCAAAUUUACUGUUUUUGUCAUGAGGUCCAUUGCUGUACAGCUCAGCAACAACAUUUCCGAUAUCUGGUCAUCUGUAGUACUUUUUAGAGGGGAAAUUGUGAUCAUACAGGUUUUUGAUGAGGAUAUUUCUUCUUUGGCCAUAGCAAAGCAAGAUCAUGCUCUUGCCAAAACCUGUUGAGAAAAUUUCCAUGACUCCAUGAUUUCCAUCUCUCCUUUGAAGAAGACUGUAAAUGGCCAUUUCCUGUUUAGGCUUCAAUGCAAUUGCCCCGUUUUCCUGUCAAAUAUUCAAGAUCGACGAUGCUCCGGUCAACGCUUCUUUGAUAUUUUGAUUUUGUUUUGCGGCAAUGAUUUGUUCAGUCCUUCGAAACUCUCCCAUGGGAGAGUACCAAAAUAUUUGAUUGACGAGUGAACAUUCUGAACCAACUAGACGAUCCGUACGCUGGCAUACCGAUCGACUCAAAAAAGCCCCCUGUCCAUGCAGGCGGUUUUUCAAGUUGCUCCCACCCCAAUCUCCUUGCAGUUUCUCUUCCCUCACCAGCCUUUAUUACUUAGCGUGCCCAACCAAAACUGCCAUGCUACGCAGGCUACACUGUAAUAACAUCCAAUAUCGCUUUGAAAUACUGUUAGCAGUUAAUUACUCAGUACAACAGAGGCAACAGACCAAAUGAAUGAUUAUAUAAAACUCUUGAGAAAAUAAGAGUGACAACAAUGAUGUGGCACAGUGGCUGUCUUAGAAGAAAUUACAUUCAUACUGUCAUGAUGGAAAAUGAAUUACAAUGUAGUAAGAACAUAUUUUUCCUAAGGUCAUAAUCACAGAAAGCAAACAACUGAUUAGGAGGUAAAAUUGCGAGUUUUUUUCCCACUGUGAUCAUCUCUCUAUCAGGAUUUCAGAGUAUGAAUGUUUGAUUGUGUUAAAUUGAUCCAUUUUUUGGUUAGUUCAGUUAUGUUCAGUUGCUGAACAAAAUCAAACUCAAUCCAUGAAUUGAGUUCUGUUGAGUUCAAUAUUAAACGUUCAUUCGAUUUUGUUCAAUUGACUACCCUAGGAAUAUUUGUACAUGACAAAUGUCAUUGGGGCGGGGGAUUGUUGUCAGAUUAUUGUCCUGUUGCUUAUUUCAGGUGACCUACUUUGCCAAGAAAAGAGUUUAUGAUGAAUACAAGAAGAAACUUAACACUGAAGGGUUUAAACCAAAAGAUGAACAACCACCACAAAACAGCUAACAGUAGAUGUGUUUACUUUAUAUGGAAUUUCUGAUUUGGCUUUUCCUGAUAUGAAGCCUCAUCAACCAGUGUUUGAUAGCUGCACCUCCUGCUGAAUGUGCCACUGCCUACCACAAAGUUUGCGAACUAUAUCCAUUAUGGAGUCCAUCACAUAGCACACUACUGGAUAGAUAGUUUGAGUAUUCAGCAAAUGUGGCCAUUCCUCAAUUUACAAACUUCCAUUAAGACACUGUGUAUAACAAUUAUUUUUUUUAUUCAAGGUACUAAAUCGCUAACGAAAAGCUUAGCUUUUACCCUCUGAAAUUAUUUAGACCAUGUCUACUGUUGUGAUGUCCAGUUUGUUUGAGUGAUCUUUCUUGGCUCCCAAAUCAUACUUCUCAAGCAAAUAUAGUGAUUUUCCUUAACCUGUGAAAUAAGUAGUAGAAUACUACAAACUAUUGUACACUAAUUCCAUUGUCUUCCUUUGUUUUCUUGUGGCUAUUUUGCACUAGUUGCUAGUAUCUGUUUCACAGGUCAAGUAAAAUCACUCAAGUCAUCUGCAGGUAGAGACUGUAAACAAGAAUAGGAAAUAACUUUGCAUUGGUUUUCUUUUUCGAUAACUCAUAAAAAAUUAAGAUGCCAAACUAAGGGAUGAUUUAGCUACUUGGAAUUUUAUUUGCAUGAUAAAUCAGUGCAUUACACGAGAGACUACCUGUAAUUGGCAGAGCUUACUGAGGUGGAGGCAAGGAGACACAACCUCAUGAGAGGAGUCAAGCUAUUUUUCAAAAAAGGAAUAAAAAACUUUUUGCUGUGUUCUAGAUUGAGGUUUUUCAUAACCUCACACUCUUUGUGCGCGCUUGGCGUGUGUGUGUGUGUGAUUUCUUUUAAUCACAGGCCAUGUAAACACAGAAACUUCAUUCCAGGGUCUCAUUCUUUUCUUAGAUGGCCUGCUGAAAGAAGGCAACAUCUCAAAGUCGAUAGCCUGUGUGGCAGGUGCCAAAAAAAGGGGGCGUUAAUCCCCUUUCCCUUUUUUCCUCUCUUCCCCUCCCCUUUCGACGUCUGCUGUGCGGGCUACAAAAAUAGACGAAAAAGAAGGUCGCCAAGUUUGGCUCAUUCAGGGCCAUUACGUUUAACAACCCACACCCCUGAAGAGGCUGAGGUAAAGUUAACGUAUAUCCCUUAGGGAAGAUCAAAAGAACCGACACAGCCCCCCCCCCCUCCCUCCCUCAGAAAGAGUAAACAGUGGGCGAUCCAGGGGAGGGACCUGGACCCCCCCUUAUUUUUAGACCAAACUAAGGCCCGAAAAAACUUUUUUGGAGACCGCCUCCCUUAUCUAAGCGUCUGGAUGACAGGCCCCCCC